GGGUCGCGCCCCGGAGCCCUGCAGCACCUCCGAGGGAUCGCGGCACCGGGAUCCAUGCGCGAAGAGUCCGCCGCCCCCGACGUGCUGCCUCGCUGCUUGCGGCAGGGCAUGAGAUGCCCCCUGGCGGCACGUUUCCUCGCCCGGGAGCCGCGCUGAGCUGCAGGUGACCUGCUUUCCGAGGGCCGCGCAAGGCUGCGCUCCUUCUUCGGACGCCGCAAAGGAAAGCGAGGAGGCCUUUGGCCGGGGCUCCUGCCGGCCUCAUGGAGAAGGCGAGCUCGGACGGGGCGUUCUCUCACCCCCUGGAGCCCCCCGCCGACCCGCUGCAAGGCGUCGGCAAGGCGCCGUCGGGGGAGAAGCGCUUCAGGCUGUGGUACGUGGGCUGGUCGUGCCUGGACCGGCGCACCACGCUGCCCAUGCUGCCAUGGCUGGUGGCCGAGAUCCGUCGGCGCAGCCAGAAGCAGGAGCCCAGCGCGGUGCCCGCCCGCGAAGUGCUGCUGCUGCUGGGCUCGCCCAACCUGCGCUGCAUCCCGUCGGCCAGCAGCGCCGCCAACCCGGCCGUCUUCAUCUUCGAGCACAAGGCGCAGCACAUCGCGCGCUUCAUCCACAACAGCCACGACCUCACCUACUUCGCCUACCUGAUCAAGGCGCAGCCCGACGACCCCGAGUCCCCCAUGGCUUGCCACGUCUUCAAGGCCACCGACCCCAGCCAGGUUCCAGAUGUCAUCAGCAGCAUAAGACAGGUUUGCAAAGCAGCCCUGAAAGAGGACGCCAAGCCUAACAAAGACAGCGAAGAUGCCUUCUACAACUCUCAAAAAUUUGAGGUUCUGUACUGUGGCAAAGUGACGGUGGCACACAAAAAGGCGCCUUCCAGCCUGAUUGACGACUGCAUCGAGAAGUUCAACCUGCACGAGCGUCAGCGCCUGAAACUCUUGAGCGAGCAGAGGAAUGCGGAAUCGAUCACGGAUCUUAUGGAGUGCGAUGGGGAGCUUCCCUCUUCUCCCUUGGAUAGUCCGUUUGAGGAGGUGGACGGCCUAAACGGUGGUAGCCCCGGGAUGUUCAUAGUUGGAAGCCAGCCCAACCUGGCCAGCUUGGCCAGCUCCCGCGUCUCUUUCCCCGAGCGCAUUUUGGAGGAUUCAGGGUUUGAUGAGCAGCAGGAGUUCCGAUCCCGGUGCAGCAGUGUUACGGGUGUCAUGCAAAGGAAGGUUCAUGACAAUAGUUUGAAAACACAAUCCCGGAGACGUCACGCAAGUGCCCCUAGCCACGUCCAGCCUUCUGACUCCGAAAAGAACAGGACAAUGCUUUUUCAGGUUGGUCGAUUUGAAAUUAACCUCAUCAGUCCAGAUACGAAAUCGGUUGUGUUUGAGAAGAACUUUAAAGAUAUCUCCUCAUGUUCUCAGGGCAUAAGACACAUAGAUCACUUUGGUUUUAUUUGUCGGGAAUCUGCGGAACCUGGGAUCAAUCAGUAUGUUUGCUAUGUGUUCCAGUGUGCAAGCGAAUCUCUGGUGGAUGAAGUAAUGCUCACUCUCAAACAAGCGUUCAGCACGGCUGCAGCCCUCCAGAGUGCCAAGACUCAGAUUAAGCUGUGCGAGGCCUGCCCAAUGCACUCACUGCACAAGCUCUGUGAAAGGAUUGAAGGUCUUUAUCCACCAAGAGCCAAACUUGUGAUUCAGAAACAUCUGUCCUCUCUCAGUGACAAUGAGCAAGCUGACAUCUUUGAGCGUGUGCAGAAAAUGAAGCCCGUUACUGACCAGGAAGACAAUGAGCUGGUGAUCUUACACUUGCGACAACUGUGUGAAGCUAAACAAAAGGCUCACGUGCAUAUUGGAGAGGCCCCAAUGAAUGCCUCCAACACGACAGUUCCAGAGAACGCAGCUAGUGGUGGCAGAUUCAAACUUGACAUUCUGAAAAACAAGGCCAAGAAAUCUUUGACCAGCUCUCUAGAAAACAUUUUCUCAAGGGGAGCUAACCGAAUGCGCGGCCGGUUGGGGAGCAUGGACAGCUUUGAAAGGUGCAACAACCUCACUUCUGACAAAGAAUGCUCUUCUGGGGAAUCUCCUUCCACGACGCCCCCUGCUUCUCCCGUAUCCUCGGCUUGGCAGCCCUUCCCCGAAGAGGAUUCCGAUUCUCCCCAGUUCAGGAGACGAGCUCAUACCUUUAGCCACCCACCGUCCAGCGCCAAAAAGAGGAUUACUUUCCAAGACGGAAGGUCUCAAAGUGUCAAGUCUCCUCUCCUGAGACAGAACUCUGUGGAGCAUGGCAGACUGACAAUUGCCCGACGCGCUCGCAGUGAGAGUGAAUCAUCUGCGCCGUCGAGUCUCCCUUCUUCCUUCUCUGCCCCAUCUUUCCUGAAAAGCUUUUACCAGAGCUCAGGAAAACCGUCUCCUCAGUCUGAAAAUGAGCUCCCCCAGAGUGAUGGGGAAAGAAGAAAAAGGACCUCAUCUGUGUGCAGCAAUGACUCUCUAAAUGCUGGGGGAAUUACUCUUACCCCCCGCCGGAUUUCCUGGCGGCAGAGAAUCUUCCUAAGGGUGGCAUCACCCAUGAAGAAAUCGCCCUCAGCAAUGCAACUUCAAGAUGGAGGUGAUGUAAAUGAAUUGUUGCCGCUGUCUCCUCUUGCGCGAUCUUUUGAUGAAGACCCCCUUGUUUCCUUAUUGCAAAACGAUGAUGUUCAAGAUAAGACUGGGGAGAAAAAGAACUCUGAAGAGCUGCAGAGUCUGUGGAGAAAAGCCAUCCAUCAGCAAAUACUGCUGCUUCGAAUGGAAAAGGAAAACCAGAAAUUGGAAGCAAGCAGAGAUGAGCUCCAGUCCAGAAAGGUUAAGCUGGACUAUGAGGAAGUUGGUACUUGUCAGAAAGACGCUAUCAAUAUCUGGGAUAAGAAGCUGUUGAAUUGCAGAGCCAAAAUCAGAUGCGACAUGGAAGAUAUCCAUGCAACUCUGAAAGAUGGUGUUCCCAAAAGUCGCCGGGGAGAAAUAUGGCAAUUUCUUGCUGUGCAGCAUCGCGUAAGGCACCGGCUACCAAAUAAACAGCAGCCCCCUGAUAUCUCAUACAAAGAACUCCUGAAACAGUUGACAGCUCAGCAACAUGCAAUCCUUGUAGACCUAGGGAGGACCUUCCCAACACAUCCUUACUUCUCUGCUCAGUUAGGAGCAGGACAGCUCUCCCUCUUCAAUCUUCUGAAAGCUUAUUCCUUGCUGGACAAGGAGGUGGGCUACUGCCAAGGUAUCAGCUUUGUAGCUGGGGUGCUGCUCCUCCACAUGAGCGAAGAACAAGCCUUCGAAAUGCUCAAAUUCCUCAUGUACGACCUCGGCUUCCGGAAGCAGUACAGGCCGGACAUGAUGUCGCUACAGAUCCAGAUGUACCAGCUAUCGAGGCUACUGCAUGAUUACCACAGAGACCUCUACAACCACCUUGAAGAGAACGAGAUCAGCCCCAGCCUUUAUGCUGCCCCCUGGUUUCUGACUUUAUUUGCUUCGCAGUUUCCAUUGGGAUUUGUAGCCAGAGUGUUUGACAUUAUAUUUCUUCAGGGAACAGAAGUCAUAUUUAAAGUAGCACUGAGUUUGCUAAGCAGCCAAGAGGAAGACAUCAUGACGUGCGAGGCUUUUGAAAGCAUCGUCGAGUUUCUGAAAAACACUCUACCAGACAUGACAAAGCUCCAAAUGGAAAAGAUUAUGACGCAGGUCUUUGAGAUGGAUAUUUCCAAACAGCUGCAUGCCUAUGAGGUGGAGUACCACGUUCUGCAAGACGAACUGCAAGAGAACUCAAAUCUGUGCGAUGAUGGGGAGGCUCCCGAGAAACUCGAAAGGGCAAACAAUCAGCUGAAGAGGCAGAAUAUGGACCUCCUGGAGAAACUACAGGCAGCCCAUGCUAAAAUCCAGAGUGUGGAAUCGAACCUGGAAGACGUCUUGGAAAGGGAGAGCAAGAUGAAGAGCUUAAUUCAGUCUCUGGAAGAAGAGAAGGCGCUCUAUAGAAAGACUAUUGAGAAAAUCUGUAAAUACUUGCCGGAAGAGGUGCUGCCUGACUGUGAACAGCUGCUAAAGGAAGCAAACUGUAACCCAAGCAAAUUUUAGAAAUAAGCCAUAAGUGAAGCGUUGCAGGCAACACGGUUUCGAACAAUAAAGAAAAGGGAAAACGACAAACGUAGAAGGUAUCUGCAUAAUCACACACGGGUACUGGGAUUCUUCUAGCAGCGGAGAGGCCUUUUAAAAUCUUGAUAUGCAAAUCCCAGGUUAAAUGUUUUUAAUAAUGGGUGUACAUAAAUAGCAAUGCAAAAAAAAAAAAGGAAAGAAAAAGAAGAUUGGAUCUAAAGAAGACAAUUAGAUGUAUAUUUAGGAUUGGUGUAAAGGGAAAGAGAUGAAAGUCCACCCUUUUGGACCGCUGGUAACUUAAAUGUCAACUUCAAUAUGUUCUCUGGAUCUAGUGAAAGGAACAUGUUGUUGUCUUUAUAUACAUUGAUCAAUACUUGAAAAGAAAACAAGAAUGUAAUUGUUCCCCUCCAAAGAACAGCAUGUUUUCCAUUUUAGUUGGGGAUUUCUUUUGUGUUUCGUGUAAGGUUUUUUUCUGUGUGUGUGUGUGUCUCUGGCCAUUUUUGUGGAGGACAUCCCUGUAAGCUCUUACGUGCCUGCAGUUCAUUCUGCUGACUUUCACAUACGUCCAAGAAUAACCCUGACCGGCUGUCAUUCUGCGGCUCAGCUGUUGAGGAGAGUUCAACGGGGCCAUGUUUCUCCUGCAUGCAGAGAAGUGGCCAUGCCUUAUUCUCCCCAACGGAGGCCGGAAAAGCGAAGGUUGGAAGCCGUUCCUCUUCCCCCGUUCACUGUGGUGUGAAAUUAAGAGCCGAAACAGGCUCUUGGAGAUCUCGCAUGAUGUAUCUCGCUGGAGAUACACCAUGAUGAAUAGCCGGUUGGCUGUGAAAUGUGUGAACGCUCCCUCAAAUAAACUACUCCCUUCAUCAUAUACAGAACUAGCACGUGUUUCCAAGGUAGCUUUCCCCUCUGACGCGCUAGCUCUGUAGGUGUAGGAAUCAUUUUAUGUGGGGAAAGAAUAGAAGUUUUCGUUUCUCACCCAUUUUCUCACAUGAUGCACACCAACAGAUACGUUACAUGGAGUUCCUGCCUGUCUUCUGGCACAUAAGAUAACCUUCGAUUUGAAUGCUGCUUCAUGCAGUUUAAUAUGUGAUGAAUACAUGGUUUCAACGAGCCAAGGAAGCCUUGUAAGAGUCCCCAACCUCUCUCUGUGCAAAGGGCCAAUGACCCGUCCAGAUUUUUCCCUUUAUUGGGAUAUGGGCACUGACACACCUUCAGGAUUCUCUAUGUAGACUAUUGCGAUGCCUCAAAAAUGCCCUUGCCUCAGAGAAGCAGAUAGACGUGUUUACUCUGCAGGGAAGCCGUCGUCCAAAUCUAGUGGUUCGUACAUUUCAGCUUACGAUAUCUGUUCUGUGGCGUACCUUUUCUCGUUUUGUUUAGAAGCAGGAUUCAAUACCAAUAGACACAGUUCAAUGCUUUUUCCGGGCUUUUCCCAUUCUUUUAUCAGUCUCUGAUUUUGCACAGCGCUGAAGAUCUGUUGUUUCUGGAAGCCACUUCUGUCUUGUAGACCCGACCCUGAAGUCGAUCUUCGAUCUGAGGGAGCUAUGAAAAUAGCAGUUAAUCAUGCGCAGGAAAUUUGCAUUUGUGGGAACAUGCUUGAAUCGAAUUAUCGUAACAUCCAGUGGGGAUUUAUUUGUUAUAUUUUUCCAGGUAUUGUUGUUUUUUUUAGAAAAAUAAUAAUAAGCCAAGUGCCAAAUUCAGCCAAGUGUCUUACUCAUAGGUGUGGGGUGAGCUGGAGAGAGUGCCAAUAUUUCCUUUGUAAAAUGCAUAAUGCAAGCGACAAGCAAAUCCGAGGGACAACAAAGUUGGUUUUCUGAUUUAAAACGGCAGUAUCAGUCUUUUCUUGUUAGUUGAUAACAAUGGUGUGAUCAUCACGGGGCACAGUCUAGCAGGUGACAUUGUAGGAAAUUCCACUGUGGAAGACAGAUUUCUAAUAGAUUGUGCCUAGCAUUAUUUUCUUACCCAAAUGAAUAAACUCACAUGGAAUCCGGUGAAAUCAUACUAAUAAUUGCAUUUUCCCAGGUGGAAGGGGGAAAGUAAUUCUCCUUUUUUUUGCAAUUUCACUUGAAGCAAUAUUGUGCAUACAGAACCAGUCCCAUAGAACUGUUGAACUGUGUACUGCGUUGAUCAACUUGUUAAGGUGCACAUUGCAAUUUUUUUCAGAACUUUUUUUUUUUUUAGAGGCAGACACCCUAAGUUGGACUUAUUCACAUGUAUCAUUUGGAGAAUUUCCAAUAAAUGUCACUGCUGCA